ACUGGCUAGAACGGCCGCUCCGUGACGGCGCGAUUGGUCGGCUAUGUGAAGCGGCUCUUUGCUAUUGGCUGAGAGAACCACUACAGUUAUUCCGCCAUAUUCCGGGAGUCCGGUGUUCUUCGGACGGGGCAGUCCGGCGGAGUGGUUGCCGUGUAGGCGUAGCGGAACCCCGAAGCAGACAGAGUUGCCGUAAACUUGGCGGGAGUUGGUUAUUUCAAGGACUGUCCGGGCUCCGCAGGUGGAUAAGGAAAGUCUUCACAUGACAUCACGGAGGAGCGAGUGCUGUUCCCGGCCCUGGCUGUAGGGGGCGCCGUUUGGUCAUAUGGGCGGCCGGUGUUCAUUGCACCAUGUCCUGUUUUCUGCUCUGCUUUCCUCCAGGGGUCACAGGUGACUGCUAAUAGAGCCCCACCCCCCCAGGAGUGACAUUCUGGUUUGAUUACUACUGAAGCUGCCUGGCUGACCUGUUCAGACUGUACAUGUGCUUCUCCUGAGACAAUCCUAACAUUGGAUAUCCUUCGUAUCAUGCCAAGCAAGAUGGGGUCCAAAAUGGAUUUAUCAAAAGACAUCAUCAAAAUGAAGGCACACUACAAUGGCGAUAUUCUGAUCACCCGGCUGGGAGCAUCCAUGAGUUAUGAUGAGCUUUGUGAGGAAGUGAGAGAGAUGUGCCGCCUGCGCCAGGAGCAGCCUAUCACAUUGAAGUGGAUUGAUGAUGAAGGCGAUCCCUGUACUAUUUCUUCACAAAUGGAACUGGAAGAAGCUUUCCGCCUAUAUACCAUAUACAAGGAGGAGGGCCUCAGCAUUCAUGUGUUUCCUAGCAUCCCUGAAAAGCCAGGCAUGCCCUGCCCAGGAGAAGACAAAUCCAUCUACCGUCGAGGGGCCAGAAGAUGGAGGAAGCUCUACCGAGUGAAUGGGCAUCUGUUUCAAGCCAAACGCUUUAACAGAAAAGCCUACUGUGGCCAGUGCAGUGAAAGGAUAUGGGGCCUUGGCAGGCAAGGCUACAAGUGUAUCAACUGCAAACUACUUGUCCAUAAACGCUGUCACAUACUUGUCCCACUGACCUGCAAGAAGCAUAUGGAUCCGGUCAUGCCUUUCCAGGAGCCGCGCGUAGAUGACAAAAGUGAUGAGGGCGAAAUUCCCCCUGAUGAAACAGAUCAAAUUAAUAUUAUCCCCAAACCCCGAAAAAUUGAAACACGGAAAGAUGGCUCUGAGGACAUCAAACCUGUCAUUGAUGGAAUGGAUGGCAUUAAAAUCUCCCAGGGUCUGGGCCUGCAGGACUUUGAUCUUAUCCGAGUGAUUGGAAGAGGAAGCUACGCUAAAGUACUUUUAGUGAGGUUAAAAAAGAACGACCAGGUGUUUGCCAUGAAGGUGGUGAAGAAGGAAUUGGUGCAUGAUGAAGAGGAUAUUGACUGGGUACAGACAGAGAAGCACGUAUUUGAGCAGGCUUCUAAUAAUCCAUUUCUAGUCGGUUUACACUCCUGCUUCCAGACGCCAAGCCGGUUAUUUUUAGUUAUAGAGUAUGUCAAUGGAGGUGACCUCAUGUUUCAUAUGCAAAGACAAAGAAAACUUCCUGAAGAACAUGCCAGGUUUUAUGCUGCUGAAAUCUGUAUUGCUCUAAAUUUCUUACAUGAAAGAGGAAUCAUCUACAGGGACCUGAAGUUGGACAAUGUUCUGCUCGAUGCAGAGGGUCACAUCAAACUGACAGAUUAUGGCAUGUGUAAGGAGGGUCUGGGGCCAGGAGACACAACUAGCACUUUCUGUGGAACGCCAAAUUACAUUGCUCCUGAAAUUCUCCGUGGAGAAGAGUAUGGCUUUAGUGUGGACUGGUGGGCUCUUGGGGUCCUAAUGUUUGAGAUGAUGGCUGGUAGAUCCCCAUUUGAUAUAAUAACAGACAAUCCAGACCUGAACACUGAGGAUUAUCUUUUCCAAGUUAUCUUAGAGAAGCCAAUUCGGAUCCCAAGGUUCCUGUCUGUUAAAGCCUCCCAUGUAUUAAAAGGGUUUUUAAACAAGGAUCCAAAAGACAGAUUGGGGUGCCAGCUACAGACUGGGUUUGCUGAUAUCAAGUCGCACACCUUUUUCAGAAGCAUAGACUGGGAUAUGCUGGAGAAGAAACAGGUGGUUCCACCCUUCAAGCCACAGAUCACAGAUGAUUACGGUUUGGACAACUUUGACACACAGUUUACCAGUGAGCCAGUGCAACUUACACCGGAUGAUGAAGAUGUAAUAAAACGAAUAGACCAAUCAGAAUUUGAAGGAUUUGAAUACAUUAACCCAUUGUUGCUGUCAACGGAGGAAACCGUAUGAAGGACCUUAACAUCUAUGAAAAAUAAAACCGUGAUUGAUCCAAACUUGUAUCCUUAACUACAGUAUAUGCAUGCGAGGCUGGAAAACUGACACCAGGUUCUUAGUACUGAGCAGCACUACAGGAUUAGCUGCUGAGGGGGAGAUCUCUCCCCCAGGUAUUGGCUGCUCUUUUAGACCAAGAGACAGUUCUCCGGCUGAGUUACACAAGGGAUUCACUUUUUGUGCCUGCCUCUUUGAAGGGUCUACAAUGUAUGACAACUCCAUCCGAGGGCACCUGCGUGGAAGAACUCUUUAUUUCAGGCAAUCAUGUAAGCAAGCCGCUUCCAUUAGUGCAUUAGAUGCCAUGUGCUGCAAACCAAGAGGAGAGGAGACCAAGGAAAGGACCUGGUGUGAACUUUUUACUUUAUCCUCCCCAAAUCACUUUACAUGGCACUUAUAAAAUUGGGGUAUUAAGGCAAGCUGUGUUUCUACUGGUUACAUACAUGUUUUUCAUUGACUGGAAACCUAAGAUAUUAAUUGCACUGGAGUUAUAAGGGUAGAUAAAUAUUUGGAUUAACAAACAAAAGCUAACACAGCAAUAUUGCACUUAAAGAUAAAUUCUAGAAUGUCUGGUUAUGGUAAAGGCAAUAAAAACCAAAACAAUUUGUUGGGAGGUUAAAAAAAAAAAAAUGCACAUUUGAAUGGCUUUCUUAAGAUCCAUAAUGUAAUGUGCCUAACUCUUAGCUUGUAAUGUAUGACAUUUUGCUAAUUGGGUAAGCUCUAAUGCAGUAUUCCAUGCAGAUCAAGCCGCCCAGCCAUAGAUCCUGAUAACAAAUCCCUUAGCCUUAACAGGUGGAAUUGUAUUCUUCUUUCACUUCUAAUGCAUAAUAGCCUGCAUCCUUGUCAAGCACAUUUUUUUCUAGUUGUUAUCCGAUUUAUUUUGUUUUGUAGCUGCUGGUCACAAGGAGACCGCCAAAUCCGUUACAUAUCCCAUAUAUGUCAUGUUACACAGGACAUUCCAAACAUGAGAGAUUUGAGGUUGAUUUAUUAAGGCCUUUUGGAAUUGUGGUAGGCCAUUUUAAAAACUGCUGUUCAAUGUCGGAGUAGUGGUUAAGGUAAUAUUCUAAGGUUUACACAGGAUACACUUGCUUUGUGACAGAACCAGCACUUGAGUAGAGACUGCUUGCAGCAACCUUUUUCUGUAGAUGAUCCACUAACCCACAUCUUAAUCUGAUGGAGGUGAAUCAAAUUAAAUUAUUAAAGAAAAUAAAAAAAUGCUCAAGUUGUUUUGGGGACCUGCUUACAUUUAAAGAGUGGUCCUUCUGUGGUAUUCUGCUUUUAGUUUGUUUGGAUUGACCAGUGAGAGCCAAAGGAGAUCCAGACUUGCACAGUAACAGCUAUGAAGCAGAGCUGUUGCUUGAAAAAGUUCUGAUCAUAGAGAUGAGCAUCUAUAUAGCACUGGUGGUUUUCUGACAGCCAUGCCAUCUGAGCUUAGAAUAAAUUAUAUCACUUCCCAAAGAUCUUCUAUACAAGUUAGUGUAAAAUGUUUUAUAAAGUUUUGUCUGAAAGCUGUCACAUCGUAUUUAUGUAAAAUUCACUUCUUGCUUUAUAAUACUGAAUCUCAAGUAGAAAGCAAAUAAAAAAAAAAAAAAAAAAUUCAUGACCAAAGCAAAUCUUAGUUUGAGGCACAGCAAUGAUACAGUCAAGAGGUUAAAAGGUACAAUACCACAAGAAAAAUUAAGGCAUUUAAAAGUCACCUUGCCAGCCUUAGUUGACAUUUUCUAGUGUGGGUUAGGGAACAAAAACAAAACGUGAUUUGUUGCUAUAGCAACCAAUCUCAAAACUUUCACUUCUUCAGGUUUAUAAAGCACAGCGUACCAUUUUUUACAUAACAAUCGGUUUCAUUCUCAAAUCAAUGUGGAUUUAUCUGCACUCAGCUGAUUCUUAAUCUGCUUUUCAGCCCUUGAAAAUGCCUUGAACGGUAUCCAUAGGACUUAUAGUUAAUUUAAUCUUUGAAUUAUAUUUUUGAUGAGCAGAGAAUGCUUACAGCAAUGUACAUAUAAGAUAGUUUUAGGUAGGUCACCAUCUAUCAAGUCAACACCAGCUAUGUAGUGUGAAGGCCUACUCUAGCAAUCAGUCACAACUACAUGUAGCCAUAUAGACACAAAAUUGAAGUUGGUAAAAAUAAAUAAAAAAUUGUCAGUAUUGACAAAGGGGCCAUGUCUGGAAGGUUGUAGCAGGAAACCUGACCACAACGCGUUUAUAUGCAGCUACAACUUGCUGGUGUGCCAUUGUCAUCAGGAGCUGCAUUGGAUAAUAUGAGUAGCUACUGAGUCUAGUGGUUCUGUUGCUGGCACUUGCUUGUACUUUCUAGGAAACAGACAAACAAAAACACUAAGGAGAAUAAAUCUAUAGUUGCUACAAAAUCAGAGGUGGGACACUGACCUUAGUGUGUAGACAGCAUUAGAAUAUAACGGUUGUUUACAGAUCUGUUCGUGUGGGAUCAAAUCACUUUAGACUAAUCAUUGAUUAAAGGACUGAUGAUCAGCUGCUACUGCACAUUGCUUUUUGCCUUAUUUACAUACAUACAUUUGCUUAAUAAGUCGGCCUAUUUUACACAAUGUUCCCAGUUUUGCUGGGUCUUGUGAUCAUGGAGUUUCAUUUUUUCUGCAGGAUUUUGUCACAUACAGUCCAUGAGAAAAAUCUGUCAGUGAAAACUGGACCCCACUUGUAAAGGCUGCAAGAAAUAAAGGGACCUGAGAACCUUGAGAUGUAAAUUGCUAUUGGACACCCCCAACCCCCUUCCAAAAAUAAAUAUACAUUCACACAUAACAGCCCCAGAACCAGCUCCCAUCUCUCUAACCUUACUUUAACAUCCUAAGGCCGUCCAUUCAAAUCACUUUUACUCUAUUAAAGCAAACCUGUUAUAGAAUUAGAAAAGAAGGUCCCAGUAAAGAAGUGAUAUUCUACUUACCUGUCCUGAUUUCCCAUCUUCACUCUAUUCAAAAGCUACAGUUCCUAGAGAAUCCUCCUCAUCUGACACACUUUUGGGAGUAGAAGCUUCCUAGUGCCUCACACUGAACCGUGUGGUUCUUUCCAGCAGCCCCCAACAUCAUUACUGUGUUCUACAAUGAAUGACAUGGCUGGUGGUAGGAACCGCAGGAGUCCAGAAAGUGGUUGUUUUAUCAUAUGACAUUUUCCCUUCAGCGUUUCAGAUGUUUGCACUGUAGCAAUUGAGAAUAAAGAUCCGCAGCUUGGGUUGCAAAGCAGGCAAGUAAUGUCUCUUCUUUGCAGAGGAACCGUCUCUACUUUUUGGUUUUGCAGCAAGCCCAUUUUAAUGCACAAUUAAAAAAAAAAAAAUCACUCAAAAUAUCCAGAAGUACCCACUGAUAAAAAGAUUUUUGAAAAUAAGUCCACCCUUUCACAAACUAGAUGUUCCUCAAAUUUGUAAUUUUUUCCCUGUCUUUCAAGUGUGAUUCCUGAGUGAUCGCUGCAGUUUUGUGUGUUGGAUUGAACUAUGCUGCAACACUGAGUGUAAAGGGUUUGGUCCUGUGUAACUUCAUGUGCUUGUUUUGUGCGGGAUGGAGAAAGCAGAUGUAUAUUUGCUAAAAAGUUUAACACGAAAAAAAAAAAAAAAAAGAAACUUGAUUUUAUACAUUUAAUUUAAGGCAUUACAAAAUAUUCCUGUGUUGCCAAACAGUUUUUGUUGCUCAUAUGCAAGUGUAUGAAAAAAUGUUUUGUUUCACAAUGAAGGGGAAAUUUUUUAUAUAUAUAAAAAGUAAUUGUUUUAUAAAUUAAAGAAAAUGAAGGCUGUAAUUAAUAUUGGUUUUUGGGGGGGAUGACUAAUAUAUUGAAAAAUAUGGCUCUGGUAAUUAUCUAGUCGUCUUAUUUGGAAUAGUAAAUGAACAUUAUAGCUAAUUUAAUGAUUGUAAAUCAGUAAAUAUGUUCUUGUAGUUUUGUAAAUUGAAAUGAGUUAAGACCUUGCUAACUAAGUUAAUUGUGCAGAGGAUGGUAUACUAAUCCAUUAAACAACUAAGAUCAUUUAUAUUCUUGCACAUUAAAGACUUUAUUGAAAAAUG